UGCAGCUCAUUAAAAUUCAGUCUUAUUCUAGUUCUGUCGGUUUCUACACUGCACGUGUUCUGGUGUUACCCGGCCGCGUCUCCUAAGGUGCUGGGGACGCUGGACCACCUCCUCACCCUGCUGAGCGGCUGCCCAGCCGGGAGGGACAGGAGCGGACGGCUGGUCUCUCUAAAGCCAGUUUUGGAGAAGGUGUUUGUGAAAAGGUCUUUUCGCAAUGGCGUCGGCACGGGGAUGAAAAAAACUUCCUUUCGAAGAGCCAAAUCCUGA